AUGCCAACCGCCAGAGCAAAACUAGGUGAUCUGGUCCUUGCCGAGGCCGACACAUGGGAGACCGUCGAAGGCAACGUCUACUUCCCGCGCUCCGCUAUCAAAGACCCAAAUGUCUUUGUGAGCUCCGAGACCAAGACGUAUUGUCCGUGGAAGGGAGAAGCGGAGUAUUACUCUGUGAAGAAUGGUGAUAACGUUGUGAAAGAUGCAGCGUGGUAUUACGCCACUCCGAAGGAAAAGGCAAUGAACAUUAAAGAUCAUGUUGCUUUCUACAAGUCGAAAGUUCAAGUCACUGUGGACUAA